AUGGUGAGCAUUUAUUCUCUCUAUAUGAAUCAGACAAAGCAAAGGUGUACAGAUUGGCCUGGAGAUAGUCCACUUCCUGUAGAUGCAGAUUUCCUCCCAGGAGUCAUCCCUGGUUAUCAGCCUCUCUUCAGAUUACUUCCUUACGGUGUGAGAUCAACCCUAGGAACAAAGGAGGCGACCUCUUUGCGGAGACUUGCCAGAGUUCUGCCACCAAAUUUUUCAUUUGACAGAAGCAGGCAGCACCAAGGAUUAGCUGCAGCCAUGAUAAAGUUAUGGGAAAGAAGUAAAAUUGCCAAAAUGUCUCUAAAACGUGGGGUUCAGCUAACUACAAGUGAAAGCAUGGCUGAAGAUAUCAAGGAAACACAAGAUUCAGGCUGGUGGGAGCCUCUAUAA